CUCUGGGAAUCCAAUUAUGUAAAAAAAAAAUAGAAUAAAAAAACAUGAAAGUUGAAGAAGAAGCAGAGGGUUGAAAAGAGAUUGGCAUUUUUUUUCUUAGUGCUGUCCAUUUAUUUUAUUAGUAAUCUAAAUAAUCACAGGAGAAUAUUAACAAUUAAUUAUGGUUAAUCGUGCUUUAUUCAAUUCAAUAGGACAAAAAAGCUUUAUCCUGUAUGUUGGUGGAACAGGAAGACAAAUAACAGCAGAUAACUUUUGUUCAGGACUAAUCCAAAUGAUGAAAAAAAAAAUUACUUGAACUGUAACUUCAACAGCCCUAAUCUUUUUGGUAUUGUCAUCAUGUAAUAUAGUGUUGUUCAUUGUUCAACGUUGACAAAUAAACCAACAAAGUUGUAUCUCUCUGGAAACGUAUGAAGAGAAUAAUAUUACAUCAAUGUUUUUUGUAUUUUCAGGAAGUAAUACAGCUACAAAACUAAAAUUACACAGGAGUCAAAAUGUCUUUUUUUAAAAACUACAUACACCGCUAAACUAUUUCAAAUACCCAGAGUUAUUUCUGAGGUAUUAUUUGCAAAAUGUAAGGUCAUAAUAAAUAUUUCAGACACACGUCUAUGAAUAAACCACAAAACCAAUUAAAGAAACCCUGAUGUAAAAAAAAAAAAAAACUAUUGAAAUGGUAUAAGAAGGUAAAAAGAGAGACACAGUAAUUCUGUUGUAAAAUCAUAGAUCCCUAAGUCAAAAGAUUAAGAUUUCAUAUCAGUGUGAAACUUUUAGUGACUGAUAAAAAGAACUGAUUUACUCAAAAAUGUUAUCAUGUGAUAAUGAGCGAUCAUCUUGGGCUGAAAUGUUAUCUGACCAUGGAGAUAGGACUUGGCUGGAAUAAUGAGAGACUACAUUCACCUGGUAAUGAUGAGAUGCUAUCUCAGAAUGAUGUCCGACGCCACCUGCUGAUACUUCCUUAUAAUUACGUGAUUGUAUCUCAUAGUCAGAUUGUUCUCACAAUUAAAUCGUAUCUCAUCAUUGAAUGGUAUCUCAUUAUUAGCGAUGGUUCGAUCCGAUACUUGGGAUUGGUAUCAGUCUGAUAUUGGUCACUUUACUGAUUAAUCGUAAAAAAAAAAAAAAAAAACUAUAGUCGGUCCGAUUUGAUACCGAAGUCCAAAUGUUCAACUUAAGGAAAGUGAACUCCUUGUCACUGUGACACAGCUCACCACUGCCCCAACUUUGGGGAUCAGAUUGAUAUGGUAUCAUCAAAUGGUUUAUCAUUUGACUGUGUCAGUCUUCCAUUCCAUCUGUAAUGAUUAAAGGAUCGUUUCUUAUUCUUUGGAAAUAGUUUCUCAUUCACAUUGACUCCAUUGUUUCAAAAAUCAACAUGUAUGAAUGGAACCCCAUCUGUCAGGAUGACAAAAUCACUCAUUGAUUUUAAGCAGCAGUGACAUAAAUAUCACACACAUUUUUUAGUCAGCAGUUCUGUUGGUGGAGAAAGACAAAGGGUGCUGUUUGGGAUUGGGAUUAUACACACAGGCAGCUCUGGAGACAGAACCUGUCGGGUUUUAUAAAAGCACCAAACAGACAUGGGAAGGUAUGUGGGUGGUUGUGAUCACACCAGGAACUCACUUUUUUUAUCAUUUCCCUUCCAGCUUGGGGUUUCAUUUCCUUUAGCAGAGAUGACAUGUAGCUGCAGGACAUAUGACAUGAGUGUAGAGUCAGCUGUAAGGAAGCUAACGGAGAUAUUAUUGGAUAAGAGGCGCGGAGACAGUGAGAAGAAGUGAACAUGACGUCUCUUCUUCCUGUGUGAAAGAAUAUUACAAGGCGAAUUGAAGAGACAAAGCAGCAGAGGUGAGGAGAGGAGUUGGAGAAGAGGUUUAGGUUUUUACCUUCUUUUUCCUUCUCACCAUCUGCCCCUGUGAUUCACUCAUUUACUUAAUUAGGACGCUGCGUCUCUGAGGCUGUUCUCCCUAAUGACCCGGGCUGUGUGUAUGAGUGUGUGCACGUUGGUAGGUUAGCGUGUGUGCUAACGCCUCAGGCAGGCUUGUGUUUUUGUGUGUGCGGAGUGUGUUCAGGGGACUAACCUGAGGCAGGUUGUGUUCAGAGUGGAGGAAGUGGGAAAUUUAGCAGCUGCUCCAAUAAACAAAAUAAAAAAAACAAAAAAAAAACAUCGAUACUGACCUGUAUUUUCUCAUCCUCUACAUCUUUAACCUUUUAUUUUUAAUUGUUUCAGCAUCUCUGUAAAGUGUGAAGUUACAGCCAGGGGAUAUUCUUUUCUGACUAUUUAAAAAUCAAACAAUCUGAAUUUCAUGAGACUUUUUAAAUGUUUGAUUAAAAAGUAGUAAAUUAAACUUCAUUUUGAAGAAAAAAACACCAGAACAAAGAAAUGUGUUUUGAGCCUGAAAGGAAAAGCCUUCUGUGUCUGGUCUGUCUGCUUCUGUGGGGGUUAAUCAGUGUCAUCACCCUCACCUGUGUCCUGUCGUUAGUAUCACUGGUGUCACCUGGUGCCCAGGGUCUAUACACCUCUCUUCCUCACUCAGUCUUUGGUUGUUGUUCUCCUCGGUUCUCCUUCGUUCCUGCCUGGCCCUCGUUCCUCUGGUUUCCUGUGAAUUGCCUGAUUGGACUAGUAAAUGAACUUUUUUGCAUCUGGUUUCUCGAGUGCUGCCCUGAUUCUUCCCAUAAUUGUGACAUACUGCACUACAGAGACCAAGUCAAGGUCAUGAAAAGGUCAUGUUUGCCAAAUACUGAAAUCUUCCUCCACUAGCUGGUUUACUGGGAACAGGUUAAAGGUAAGAAGAGUAUCCACCCGACUGUCAGUCAUGAAUGAUGAACCAACACUCAGUGAUGACCUUCGAGAGAAGAUCGUCUGUUUAAAAACAUAGAGGAAGUUGAGAGAAAUCAAAGAAGUUGAAAACAGCUGCUGAAUGUGCAUGACCUUCAAGCACCGUGGAGUAUUGUUGACCAGCCGGCCUGCUGUCCAGACGAGUCUCCUAUUGAAAACGUCCUAAGCCUUCAUGAAGGAGUGACAAAGUUUGCCCUGGCACGGAGAACAAACUGAGCACGCUGUCUGACCUGGACCAACAGUACCGCACCCUGAAGAAGCUUUAUGAGAACUGUGAAGUCGUCAUGGGCAACUUAGAAAUCACCAGCAUCGACCGAAACCGCAACCUCUCCUUUCUCAAGUCCAUCAGAGAAGUGACAGGUUACGUGUUGGUGGCUCUGAACCAGUUUGACUACCUGCCACUGGAAAACCUCAGGAUCGUUCGGGGCACCAAACUGUACGAGGGUCGCUACUCCCUCGCCAUUUUCCUCAACUACAGGCGAGAUGGCUACUACGGUCUGAGGCAGCUGGGUCUACACAACCUCACAGAGAUACUCAAUGGGGGCGUUUAUGUUGACCAGAAUAAAUUUCUUUGCCACGCUGAUACGAUCCAUUGGCGUGACAUCAUCAGGAACUCCCAGGCUGAGCUGCUGGUGGUGCCAUCCAACAACAGCAAUUUAGGAUGCAGACGCUGUCAUCGAACAUGUAACGGACGCUGCUGGGGCCAUCAAGAAGACCAGUGCCAAACCUUGACAAAGACGGUGUGUGCUGAGCAGUGUGACGGCCGAUGCUACGGGCCUUACGUCAGCGAUUGCUGCCAUCGUGAGUGUGCCGGCGGCUGCUCAGGUCCCAAGGACACAGACUGCUUUGCCUGCACCAACUUCAACGACAGCGGGGCCUGCGUGACCCAGUGCCCUCAGCCGUUUGUCUACAACCCUAUGUCCUUCCAGCUGGAGCACAACCCAAGAGCCAAAUACACUUAUGGAGCAUUUUGCGUCAAGAAAUGUCCACAUAACUUUGUGGUGGACCACAGCUCCUGUGUUAGAGCAUGUCCCAGCAACAAGAUGGAAGUGGAAGAGAACCGCAUCAAGAUGUGCAUCCCCUGCACAGACAUCUGUCCAAAAGUGUGUGAUGGAAUCGGCACAGGCAGCCUGCAAACAGCACAAACAGUGGACGCCAGCAACAUUGACAAGUUUGUCAACUGCACUAAAAUCAAUGGCAACCUCAUCUUUCUCAUUACUGGCAUCAAGGGGGACAUGUACCAUGGUAUUGGAGCUCUGGACCCCGAGCGCCUCAAUGUGUUCCGCACUGUGAAAGAAAUAACAGGUUUCCUUAACAUCCAGGCUUGGCCUGAGAACAUGACAGAUCUGAGUGUGUUCUCCAGCCUGUCCACCAUCGGAGGAAGAGCUCUGUACAGUGGGAAUGUUAUUUCUCUGCUCAUCCUGAAGCAGCGAUGGAUCUCCUCCCUGCAGUUUCAGUCACUCGACGAGAUCAGCGCCGGCAAUGUCUACAUUUUAAACAACAGCCGACUUUGUUUCUACAACACUGUCAACUGGACGUCGCUCUUCAGGACUCCCAGCCAGAAAGUCCUGAUCCGCAACAACAGAGAUCCAAAAGAGUGCACUCAACAGCAGAUGUUGUGCGACCGCAUGUGCUCUGACGACGGUUGCUGGGGCCUGGGGCCGGACCAGUGUCUUUCCUGUCGAUACUUCAGACGUGGCCGUACCUGCGUCGAGUCCUGCAACCUCUUUGACGGGGAGAUUCGUGAAUUUGCCAACGGCUCCGUGUGCUUGGAAUGUGAUAGCCAAUGUGAGAAGAUGGAUGGGAACGCCAUGACAUGUCACGGACAGGGCCCGGACCAGUGUGCAAAAUGCCUGCACUUCAAAGACGGACCCAACUGUGUGGAGAAGUGCCCUGAUGGGUUGCAGGGAGCCAACAGUUUCAUCUUCAAAUACGCCAAAGCCAACAAUGAAUGUCAUCCCUGCCAUGCCAACUGCACCCAGGGGUGCGUUGGACCGAGACUUCAGGAUUGCGUUGGGAUGAUGGACAGGACUCCGUUAAUAGCAGCUGGCGUCAUAGGAGGUCUAUUCAUCAUCGUCAUCGUGGCCCUCAGUGUGGCUGUGUACGUUCGCCGCAAAAGCAUUAAAAAGAAGAGGGCCCUCAGGCGCUUCCUUGAGACCGAGCUUGUGGAACCCUUGACCCCCAGUGGAACUGCACCCAACCAGGCUCAGCUGAGGAUCCUGAAGGAGACGGAGCUGAAGAGGGUCAAGAUUCUGGGUUCAGGAGCUUUUGGAACUGUCUACAAGGGUAUCUGGGUCCCAGAAGGUGAGACAGUGAAGAUCCCCGUGGCCAUCAAAAUCCUCAACGAAGCGACAGGUCCCAAAGCCAACGUGGAGUUCAUGGAUGAGGCCCUGAUCAUGGCCAGCAUGGAGCAUCCCCACUUGGUGCGUCUCCUGGGCGUGUGUCUGAGCCCCACCAUCCAGCUGGUCACACAGCUAAUGCCACACGGGUGCCUCUUGGACUACGUGCAUGAGCACAAGGACAACAUCGGCUCGCAGCUGCUGCUCAACUGGUGUGUCCAGAUCGCUAAGGGGAUGAUGUACCUGGAAGAGAGGAGGCUGGUGCACAGGGACCUGGCAGCCCGGAAUGUUCUGGUGAAGUCCCCCAAUCACAUUAAGAUCACUGACUUUGGCCUGGCACGCCUGCUGGACGCUGAUGAGAAGGAGUACAACGCAGACGGGGGCAAGGUUGGUAUGCCUAUUAAAUGGAUGGCAUUGGAGUGCAUUCACUACAGGAAGUUCACCCAUCAGAGUGAUGUGUGGAGCUAUGGCGUGACCAUCUGGGAGCUGAUGACGUUCGGUGGUAAACCAUACGACGGCAUUCCAACCAGAGAAAUCCCUGACAUUUUGGAGAAGGGAGAGCGUCUGCCUCAACCCCCCAUCUGCACCAUCGAUGUUUACAUGGUUAUGGUGAAAUGCUGGAUGAUCGAUGCAGACAGCAGGCCCAAGUUCAAAGAACUGGCUGCAGAGUUCUGCAGAAUGGCUCGUGACCCUCAGAGAUACCUGGUCAUCCAGGGAGACGACCGCAUGAAGCUCCCCAGCCCUAACGACAGCAAGUUCUUUCAGAGCCUCCUCGACGAGGAGGACCUGGAUGACCUGAUGGAUGCUGAUGAGUAUCUGGUGCCUCGAGGAUUCACCAUGGCUCCUCAGUCACAUACCACCAGGUCUAGAGUUGACUCCAACAGAAACCAGUUCGGUUAUCGUGACGGUGGACGAAACUCGACAGAGGGCUCUUCGGUUGGUGCCCAGGCCUGUGGGGCCCAGGAAGCAGCAGGGGGCUCAGGUCAGACCCUGGAGGACCAGAGGUGCAAUGGGAGCUUGCAUAAAAAGAGUGUGAGCCAGACCGCAGGGGAGGACAGUGGGGGACAGAGAUACAGCGCUGACCCCACCAUCUUCCUCGGGGAGAGGACAACCAGGGGGGACACUGAUGAGGAUGGAUACAUGACCCCUAUGAAGGACAAGAGCUCCUCAGAAUACCUGAAUCCAAUUGAGGAGAAUCCAUUUGUGUCAAGGCGUAAAAAUGGCGAGGUCCACGCCUUGGACAACCCAGGUUACCACAGCACACCAAACAGCCAGCCCAGAGGAGAGGAUGAGUACAUGAACGAGCCCCUUUACCUCAACACCUUUCAUAAAACCACUGACCUGGGUCUGGAAGCCCUCAGAAGAAACGGCCUUCCCCUCCCUAGUCAGCCUCCCUCUUCUAUCUCAGCCACAACUUCAGGCUCCCACCUCCCCCUCACGAUCCAGACAAGUCUACCGCACUACCCUCUCUCCACCGCCCAGCCCUCUCCGUCUGGUCUGCCUUGCCAUCAUGGUCCACCAACCCACAUCCUCCACGGUCACCACACCCUCAAACCUGUGGGACAUCCAGGAGGAGGCUCCAUAUCUCAGAGCCAAACAGGAUCCAACGCCCAAUCCCAGGUGUGUCCGCCUGGUGCUCUGUCCGCCUCUGCCACCAUAGGACACAGUGGCCUCCCGGCCUAUCAGAGCCACGGAACCAUGCACCCUGCCAGCAUGCUCAAACACGGAGGACAGAUGACAGGUAAAGCCAGCGGAAAGAAGCUGAAGGUGACCUUUGACAAUCCUGAAUACUGGCAGCACAGCCUGCCCCCAAAGUCAUCCAGCCAGGCAGUACACGACGGCACCCAGGGGGGCUCCACCAACGCCAAACUGUUUUUCAAGCAGAAUGGACACAUACGGCCCUCCGUUGCGGAGAACCCUGAAUACAUGUCCGAGUUUUCCCUCAAACCUGGCACCGUCUUGCCACCACCACCUUACAGGCAGCGGAACACUGUGGUCUAGAUGGUUCCACAUGACAAACUCUUCUCAGUGUGUCUCUAACAACAGCAGCCCUGAUUUCUUCUCUGGCCCCAGAUUUUCAGUGAGAGAACAGCGCCUCCUGUGGACUGUGGCAGCAGCAGUGGGAGAAGAAAAACCCAACCAAACCAAGAAAACCCAACUUCCUGUGACCUACUGUCCGUGUGUUCAUUACAUCCAGCUCAGUCCCGUUGUGUUCUCUGGGUACAGACUGUAAAGGUGUGGGAACACGUGAACAUCACUGAGCCUCAGAUACAGAGUUGCGUGGCUUUGUUCCCUCGCACAGCGAGUACCACAGUCAAAUGGACACAACUUCUGGGACUAAACACACUGCCAGCCACUGUCUUGUUACAUCCAUUGGAGCAACGAGCAUUGUUUUAUUCAUUUGAUGUGUUUUAUUUUAUCUUAUUUUGACAUGGUCUAACACUGCAGUCUGCUGAGGGAAACUUGCUCAGCAAAUCUGAGAUGUUUGCUGUCAAGAGGCGUCGAUUUCAGAAAGUGGAGCAGGAGAAACAGAUCCGUGACAGAACAAGACACAUCGAUCUGAACAGUCAAAGAAGUGUCUGUGAACAGAGAGGUCGCAGAAAUGAAAGCUGAUGAAAAGGAUUCUGCUGGAGCGUCCUUCGUUUUUCCCUUGCUGAACCCAUCUAAUAUUUCUGUGGUUAUCGUGAAACUGUGAUGCCCCAAAACUACAGUGAUCUCUCUUUAUCCCGUUUGUAUUUUACCAUGAAUUUCUAAAGUGUUAACAUAAAAAACAUAAUGAUGUUUUUUUGGCUACUGUCAAUUUAAAAAAUACGUCUUUUUUUUUAAGCCAAAGGGUAAAAGGGAAAGUAUACACUGUAAACAGUUUUCUACACACGGGUCGCUAAACUACGAUGGAUUUUUUUAUACACUGGUUUUCUCACUCAGAUCAUGAAGCUACAUGUUUUUUACGUUACAUGGUAAAAACGUAGUUUUUCCAUGUCAGUGGAAGGUGGACGAACUGUCGUAUCUGAAGCUUCCCGUAAAACCACAGAGACUGUGGUCGUAGCAACGUAAAGGGGAAAACGUAAAAAAAACACACUAACAGUGCACGGUACAACAACCGACUAUAUGACUAUACUGUAUAUUUAUUUAUGAAAAGUAUUUAAAAUGGCAAAGCUGCACAACAAAAGUAUUGGAUUAGUGUGAACUUGGCAAGUUGAAAACCAAGCCCGAGGAUCGCCACUGAAUUAGGUUGGUUACUUUACUCUAUCUUUUAUUUAUUCCAUAUAUUCACUUGAACAUUUCUUUUGUACAUGACCUAAUACAGAUCUGUUUUCAUCACACUGUACCCAACAGUUCCUUCCACAAACCCUUACACAGGUUGUAGUUUGACUUUGAGGGAAAUACAACCAAAUACUUAUUUUUAGAGAAUUGGUACACCUUUCAAAACCAAAUACCAAAACUACAAUGUAGUAUUCUUCAAUGUACUUAAAACCAUUAUUUGUUUGGAAGAAUAACAAAAGAUUUUUUCUUAAUCAUGGAAUAAAUUGGACCAUGUUACAAUGCUUUUCAAAAAAAAAACUUUUGGAAGACAGAACCUCAGUGAAGUACAGGCAGAAAAGUCAAGCACAAGCACACACAUCAACAAGUUAGUUUCUUAGAGUUCAGGAUUAGGGUUAGUUACAUAUGGAUGGAGUUAAACUGGAGUAAAUACUUCUCCUAGAUUCUAGUAUUGCCACCCCCUGUAAAGGUACAGUGUCUUUACAUGAAUUCUAAUGUACCUCAAACACUCAAAGAUUGUGUCUUAUUUUUGAACUCUCUUCAUGUAAACUUCAAUUCCACUUUCAUUCAGUUCAUCUCAGAUGAGUUCCAACUUAAUCAAACUCAGGAACCUUUUUUUCUGAGCCCAUUUUACUGUGUAAACCACAGUAACAUGAUGGUUUGCAAGAAGCGAUUUUUUUUUUUUUUUUUAGUCGAACACUUUUAUAGUGACGAGUUAAAAACCUAAACAAAAUGACACUUCUCUGUCAAUGUUCAGUAGAAACCGGCGACUCGUCCCUGCCUGUGAAUUUGCCUAAAUACCCAUCUGUUAACCUGGUGUAUCGAUAUUGAUAUUUUUUAACUUUUUUUGCAAUUUUUUUUUUCUCAAAACUCCAAUGUAGUGCCAAUGUAGAAACUGAACUAUAGCUCAAUCAUUGUCCCUUUGCUUAAGAGUCAGUGUUGGACCUUGCUUUACUGUAGAGCCAUUGGUCCAAGACACAACCUCUUCCCAAUGCCUUGUCGUGGUAACAGAAACACACCUGAGUUAUCAGCGGACCUGAGUUAUCAGUGGACUGCUGCUCUGCCCUUCAGUCACAGAGUACAGUUGGAAACCUCACUCGUGAUGCCUGAGCAGGCCAACUGCCAGUCAAUGCUGCUAAAAGUACUGCUGUUACAGCCAUUGUUUUCUCUUGCCAAGCCAUACAUGACAACUGUGGGAGGUGGGUGGCGGGGGUCAACAAUAACAUAUCCAUCCCCCUAGAAGUAACAUCCAUUUCACUUUUAACCAAUAUGAACGACAAUAACAAAAAAAGAAAACGACUCACUGCACGAGCUCCGGGUGUUCAUUUCCCAGCCAUUAUCCAGGUCAUUUAUUUGAAUUUGUUUGUAUUUUAGGGUCUUUCAUCCCUUUUACCUUUUACUUUUGUAGAUUAUUUAUUUGAAUCUAUUUAUGGUUUGGCAAAUGUCUUGUCUGACCGUGUGAACAUGUGAAGCUGUAAUCUGCUUGUCCACCCCAUCGAGCACUUUGAUGAAAGCCCUCAGCUGAACUCCUGACUUUUACUCCUCUAAGAUGUUGAGACCAUAAGAAAGAAACCUUCAGAAAACCAUGAGAUCAUUAAGAAAAACACACAUCUCUGGCCAGUUUUCAUUAAUUCCCUCUUUUCUCCGUUUGUGUGUGUGUGUGUUUACUUCUAAUAGUAUUUUGGGUGCUGCUUCUGUGCUACACUGUUUAUUUGAUGGAGGAAUCCCUAAUGCAGCUGUGAUUCGUUUCAAAAGGAACAGCAUUUAUGAUUAGUUUAAAUAUUCAUCAAGAUUUUUUUAGGAUUAUGAAGGCAAAAAAGUUCUUUUUCAAAAAGGAAACACAGGGAUUGGAGUUCUCUGUGAGUUUUACUGCAGUCAUGGCAAAAUAUGUUUCAUUAAAAAACUCUCUGAAACACUGUACAGACAUGAAGCCCUGUGUGGACUAUUUCAAAUUGUACAAGUAUUUACUUUUUAUCUUUACUCUUAUUGGAUACAGUGGCUUCAUCGGCUGUUUUCCUGUUGAUUGAUAUUUUUUUUCUUUUAAAGGUGCAACAUGCACCACAGGCUAAUGAGUUGUUUCCCGUUAGCGACCAACAAAACACACUCCUGCUCCGUGGCAGCUUUUUAUUUUUACUGAUGUAUUUUUUUCUCCUGUCAGUCAAGGAGCAGAUUGAUGUAGCCUUAUUCUGCGGACUCUAAUCCUUCAUUACUGUUUUCCUCAUCUCCUGUAUGGACACAUUAAUGUAUAACACAGGGUCACAAUAACAAACUAUAGACGAUGGUACAUUCAGAACAGGAAAUACAGUUAGGCUGCAUUCACAUUCGACAAACACUGUGGCCAUGAACAGGACAAAUGAACAUUUUCUACAUCAGCUGUAGUUCAGUACCAGACAGUUUUACAAAAUAGAUGGACAGGGAUUUUCUAUAGAUGAGAGGUAACAUAUUGUCAUUGUUUCAAAAUAAAAGCCUAAAUUACAUGAGGCCAAAUGACUAAAAUGUAGGUAAUAAACACUAUUACAUCAUCAACUGAACAGAUCAGCUGAUCCUGACUCUAUGGUAUAAAUUAGAGAUGGUUUGAUACUUUAUUAUGUACUAUACUGAUACUGCAACUUCAGGUACCUGGUGAUACCGAUAUCAUCCUGAUACUUUCUUUUCUCCUCCAGCAUGCUGCCAUUACUGAGGAAAUAGUGUUCCUUUACAACAUUUUUUUUAUGUUUGAUCCUAAAAUUUUGACCAAUAUCAGGUCAGUACUAAUCCUGAGUAUCGUAUCAAGCAAUCCCUAAUAUAAACGUCUAUGUUAAGACAGAGAGACUUUGGCUAAUUCCAAAGCUAAUGCCAUGACGCAGGUCUCACCUUAACCCUCCAUCCCUCCAUCCCUCCACCUACUGUACCUUCUCCAUGGUCUGUCACAGGACUGAUUAUUAUUCAACAUCAUUGACCGUAGCCAUGAUUUGCAUGUUAAUAGUCAGUUGUUGUCAUGACCUUUUUGUGUGAACUAUUUAAACAUUAUCAUAUACUCUCCAUAUGGUCCAGCUGGGCAGUAGCCUGAUUAGCAGUGUUUGAUUGACAGCAGGGUGAUCCAGUAGGACCCAGCAGUGGUGAUGAUGUGUGGACCCAGCUGUUCGGCUGACCCCUCGGUUUCUGGUUUCUGGUCCUAAACUCAACUGUCCCUCAAACCAGAGAUGUUAUUUCCAACAGACGUC